GCUUAAAAGAAGAAAUAACAAAAAUGGAUAACAGCACUAUUCCUCUAUCAGAGUUCCUGCUGCACUGUGUGGUCGAAUCAGACAAGAGAAACCUGACAGUUUGCCUGCUUUUCUUUAUCUACUUUGUAUCGUUGUUUGGAAACCUCCUAGUAACUAUGGUCAUAAUCUUUAACCAUCAACUCCACACACCAAUGUACAUUUACAUCGCCACCCUAGCAGUGAUUGACUUGGCAAACAGUACCAAUCUGAUCCCAAAAAUGCUCAACGUUCUUAUGCAUGAUUCCUCUGCUGUGCCAUAUGGAUCCUGCCUGCUCCAAAUGUAUGUUGUUUUGUACUUGGAAGCCUUUGAAUCCCUUUUGUUAGCCCAAAUGGCUUUUGAUCGUUAUGUAGCUGUUGUUCACCCACUGAGAUAUCCGUCGAUCAUAACAAAAAGAAACGUACUUGCAGCUCUCUUAAUAUCAAACAUAGUAGGAGCCUUCGCCAAGUCACCUUUUAUAUUUCUGGCAAAUGAGCUUCCCUUCUGUCAUAGUAAUGUCCUGCCUUAUUGUUUCUGUGAUUAUGCUACAAUGGUCCAUGUUGCCUGUACUGAAAAUCCCAAGUAUUUAAUUAUUCUGUCUGGCAUUGUUACAUUUUGUGGUGUGUUUCCUUUACUUCUCAUUCUUUUUUCCUAUGCACGGAUUUCUUUGGCAGCCCUAAAAAUUUCCUCUGUUGAAGGAAAGAAGAAAGUCUUCAGCACCUGCCUCACCCACUUACUAGUGGUUGGUCUUUUUUAUUUCCCUCUUUUGGCAUCCUAUAUAUUACCAGGAACUGGAGUACAGCUGUCCACAGAAGCCUACAAUACGAUGGUCAUUGUGGGUAAUGUUGUCCCUCCUAUGUUGAAUCCUGUGAUCUACAGCUUCAGAAACAAGAAGAUUAAAAACAAUAUUGUGAAACUUCUUACCCUGAAAAGGAUAACGCCAGCAAACACCGAUCAUUAAAUAU